AUGAGGUCAUAAAGCAAGCUGUGUUAUGUGUGAGAUGUUGCAAGGAAAAGCAGUUGGGAGACACCAGGCAGAAAAGAGCGAGGCAGCAUUCAAGUGUGAUCUCCUGCCAGUGAAAGGUUAGCGACUGGGAGCCAAGGAUUUCCUCAAAUCAGCCUGCAGGGACAGAGGGGCGGGAAGGGUGAGAAUUUUCCUCUCGUUGGUUGUUGCUCUUUGCUUCUUGUCUUCCACACAGAAGGAGUUGGACAGAGCCCUCAAAAAGCAGUGUGCCUGCUGCUGCCAAGGCAUUUGAUCAGACUCCAGAUCCUAGCCAUGUUGGACCUGUAUACAAUUGCGCUGGGGCUGCUGAUUCUUUUGCCCCUCCUGGGAAACAUUUUCUUCCCCUACCUUUGGCUGGACCUGGUCUACUUAUUUACAAUAGUGAAACGUGGAUACAAAUGCCUCCAGUGUCUUCGGCAGAAUCCUCCUGUUACCCUCCUGGAUGUUUUUUUGGAGAAAGUCAAGAAACAUCCCAAGAAGCCACUGAUUCUCUUUGGAGAUGAGGUCUAUACCUACCAAGACAUCGACAAGCGCAGCAAUCAGGUGGCCAGAGUGUUACAGGGCCAUGUGGGGCUGAAAGAAUGUCAAACGAUGGCCGUUUUCCUGAAGAAUGUUCCUGCCUAUGUCUGGGUCUGGAUGGGCUUGGAGAAAAUUAGCUGUACCAUGGCUUGUAUCAAUUACAACAUCCGAUCAAAGUCCCUGUUACACGUGCUCAGCUCCUGCGAUGCCAAAGUGCUAUUCACCACUCCAGAUUUUCGAGAAGUCAUUGAGGAUGUCCUGCCUAUUCUAAAGAAUGAAGGUGUGCAAGUCUUCUAUCUGAGUGAUGCCUCCCCAACUCCUGGUGUGGAAGCUUUGCUGGGACGGAUGAAAUCCAGUUCAACUGACCCAAUGCCUGUCUCUUCCAGAGCCAAUAUAACCCCUAAUUCUAUAUCCCUGUAUAUUUUUACUUCUGGGACCACAGGACUACCGAAAGCUGCUCUCAUCACCCAGAGAAAGCUACUCACUGUGUCUGGCAUGCUCAGUAUAUGUGGGGUGAAGCCUCAGGAUAUCAUCUAUACCCCACUCCCACUUUACCACUCGGCUGCAUUGCUUAUUGGAGUAGGAGGAUGCUUGGAGGUUGGAGCUACACUUGUCUUGAGGUCAAAGUUCUCCGCUUCCCAGUUCUGGGAUGACUGCAGGCGAUAUCAUGUCACCGUGAUCCAAUAUGUAGGAGAAAUGAUGCGGUACCUGUGUAACUCACCAAAGAGGGACAAUGACCGUGACCACAGUGUGCAGAGAGCCAUAGGCAAUGGCAUGCGGAUAGAGGUCUGGAAGGAAUUCCUCCGUCGAUUUGGAUUCCUGCAAAUCUAUGAGUUCUAUGGAGCGACUGAGGGGAAUGUUGGGUUCAUUAACUACACUGGGAAAGUUGGAGCUGUGGGAAGAACUCACUUCCUUCACAAGAAAAUGACAAUGUUUGAAAUUGUUAAAUACGAUGUUGACCAGGAUGAGCCAGUAAGAAACGAGAAAGGGCACUGCAUCCCAGUAGCUGCAGGCGAAACAGGCUUACUAGUGUCCAAGAUCACUGAGGUCACCCCGUUUUCAGGCUAUGCAGGAGACCGCAAGAAGACAGAGAAGAAGAUUCUUCGGGAUGUCCUAAGAAAGGGAGACAGCUUUUUAAAUAGUGGUGACCUUCUGAUGCAAGACCAUGAAGGUUUUAUAUAUUUCCAGGAUCGAGUGGGAGACACUUUCCGCUGGAAAGGGGAGAAUGUUGCUACUACAGAGGUUGAGAGGACCUUGGCAGCAUUGGACUUCAUUGAGGAAGUCAAUGUAUAUGGGGUGCCAGUGCCAGGGCAUGAAGGAAAGACUGGAAUGGCAGCAGUACGGCUGAAAGAUGGGCUCUCCUUUGAUGGAAAAAAGCUGUAUGCACAUGCCAAGGAUUACAUGCCAAACUAUGCCAUACCUCGCUUUGUGCGUCUCAGGGAAGCCCUGGAGAUCACUGAAACAUUCAAACAACGCAAAGGUCAAUUGGUGAAAGAAGGGUUCGACCCAGCCAUCAUCAAUGACCCUUUAUACUUCUUAGAUGACUCGGAAAAAUGUUACGUGCCCAUGACUCAGGAGAUCUUCAGCUCCAUCACAAAGAAGAAACUGAAGUUGUGAAAGAUCUUCCACAGGGAAACCAGGAGGAGGUGUAACUGGGAGACUCUUGACCUCUACCUGGGAAAGUGGAAGCUGCCAAACCAGAUGAUUAAAAUCUGCCAACCCGGGGAACAUGUUCUGAUGUAUGACAAACCUGUGUACAUGAAUGGCAGCUGGUGGUUCUCACAUGAUUGGGAUGAUGAAUGUGCUCUACAUUUUACUAUGAACUCUAAAAGAGUUAUCUGGCGCCUUAUUUGCAGAUCAUGGAUAGCUCAUUUUAAAGUUCAAACUAAAACUCAGGGCAGAUUUAUCAUCCUGUUGGCUGCCUCUCACUAUGUAUGUGUGCAUGUCUGUGAAAUAAUCCCUUUGCUUUUUCCUGAUGUGUCCACAUGGGUUGUUGGUUCUGCAUUGUACAGUAUAUAUUGGAAACUAUGUAGAAGAUGCAGUGAGAAGGGUCUGGUGCUCUUCACUGUCUGGAAUGCUUUUUCUUCCUAUGAUUCACAUGUGUGUGCUGCACCAACUGAUACAAAUAUAAUCAUAGGCCAAGUGUGCGACAGCAGAUACUUAUGGGGAAGUUCGAUUUUGCCUACAGGAAGAAGAUAUCUUUCUCCAUUGCCACAUUCAUAUUUAUUGUGGAGACCCACCUCUGUAACAGAUAGAACCAUUCUUUUAAAUAUGGUCACUGAAACUUAGGUGAAGUCACUCUCUGCCUCAGAAGACACAGCAAGAUUUAAUUCCCCUUAAAUGGCUACACUAUGAGUUUCUAGUUUACCUUACCCUAGAAACAAUAUCACACUAUAUUAUAGAAGCUUUUAUGUAGUCAGAUUAUUUACACAGGUAAAAUAUCAGAAGACCUAGAAUAAUAAUUUGAAUAAUUACUUCAUCACAUGCAAUAAAAUCAGCUUUUCUACUCCUCCCCCACCAAACUCUGCCGCUUGCGUCCUGAACGCAGCGUUUUGGUGACGAUGCAAAGCUGCAGGAAGGGAUGACCGGCUGGUUGAGGCAGAGUCUGGUGGGGGAGGAGUUGCCAAGCUCAUUCCUCGCUAUGAUAAGUGCCUAGAUUUGAAUGAUGACUAUGUUGAGAAGUAGUAUUUGGGUGUGGCUUUCAACAGCAUAUGGUAAAUGUUUUCUCCUAUACUUUGUUCAUUUUUAAUUCAAAAACGCAAUCUACUUUCUGGAUAACCCUCGUAUAUCUAGCAAGGAAAGCAAAUUUGGUGUCCAUGAAGGAAAACCAUGGUGGCAGUCUGAGAAGGGAGGGAGAAGCACUGCACCACUAGUGCUUGCCAUUAAUUUUUAAAUCCCGUCCUCUUCCAAAAUGUGAAAUUUGUAAAAUGACUGAUUGUUGUGUAAGAUGAGAGAGGAAAAUGUAUUCCAAACCUGGGCAUUUUGUUUUCAAAGAGCAUCAAACACAAUUCCACCUGUUUGCUUGAAAGAAUGUGCUCACUGUUUAUGUUUUUGGUGCGAUGUGAAUUAGCAGAAUAGAAAAAAAAAAUUAAAAUGUUGGAAAAAAAUCAUAAAA